AUGGCGGUCGGCAAGGGUACAUACAAGACUAUUAAAAAUGCUUAUCAGGACACCAAAGAAGCAGAAUCUGAGCAAAGAAGCAGAAUCUGCGGUUAUAGCCAACCCAAUCUAAACCAACGCAAUCUAAACCUAACCCAAUCUAAGCCAACGCAAUCUAAGCCAACCCAAUCUAAGCCAACGCAAUCUAAGUCAACCCAAUCUAAACCAACGCAAUCUAAACCAACCCAAUCUAAACCAACGCAAUCUAAACCAACCCAAUCUAAACCAACGCAAUCUAAACCAACGCAAUCUCUAAACCAACGCAAUCUAAACCUAACCCAAUCUAAACCAACGCAAUCUAAACCAACCCAAUCUAAACCAACGCAAUCUAAACCAACCCAAUCUAAACCAACGCAAUCUAAACCAACCCAAUCUAAACCUACGCAAUCUAAACCAACGCAAUCUAAGCCAACCCAAUCUAAACCAACGCAAUCUAAACCUACGCAAUCUAAACCAACCCAAUCUAAACCAACGCAAUCUAAACCAACCCAAUCUAAACCAACGCAAUCUAAACCAACGCAAUCUAAACCUACGCAAUCUAAACCAACGCAAUCUAAGCCAACCCAAUCUAAACCAACGCAAUCUAAGCCAACGCAAUCUAAACCAACGCAAUCUAAACCAACCCAAUCUAAACCAACGCAAUCUAAACCAACGCAAUCUAAGCCAACGCAAUCUAAGUCAACCCAAUCUAAACCAACCCAAUCUAAGCCAACCAAAUCUAAACCAACGCAAUCUAAGCCAACCCAAUCUAAACCAACGCAAUCUAAACCAACGCAAUCUAAACCUAACCCAAUCUAA